UCCUUUUGGGAUAAGCCCUGAUUUCUCACUUGAUCCUCCACGUACACGCAUCAAUGGCCAUCACCACUGUAACUCUCUCCUCCCUCUCCCUCCACUCCACCACCACACCCCGCCUUUCCUUCAUCAAGCCCACCUCCAAACUCCACCCUUUAUCCCUAUCCAUCUCACCCAAAUCCUCGUUUCUCUCCCCCCUUUCUUAUCACCCCAAAAUCAUAACGAUAAUUACGAAAGCCAAUUCGAGUGACAUUGACACUUCCUUCUUUGACAAUCUUAAUCCAGAAGAAGAAUUUGUUUAUGACCCACCAACUCCACCCGAAGACUACAUUCCUCCACCAUCCUUUGAUGAAGGUCCAAUCGAAACUGAAGAAGAAAUUGCUGCAGCUUACGAGGAACUUUAUGGUCCUGCAUAUAGUGGAGUUAGUGUUUUAGGCAAGGAUAUUUAUGUAAUGGAUUCUAAGGUUAAAAAAACUAGUGGGUGGGGCUCAAGAGUAAAGAAGGAGAAAAUUAAAGAUGGGUUUGACGAGAGAGUUGUUCAAGUUCGGAGAGUAACUAAGGUUGUUAAAGGAGGGAAACAGUUGCAUUUUAGAGCUGUUGUUAUUGUUGGAGAUAAACAAGGUCGAGUUGGGGUUGGAGUUGGAAAAGCUAAGGAAGUUAUUGUUGCUGUCCAGAAAUCAGCUCUUAAUGCUAGAAGAAAUAUCAUUACUGUGCCUAUGACAAAGUACUUGACUUUUCCUCAUAGAUCUGAGGGAGAUUUUGGGGCAGCGAAGGUGAUGCUCAGACCUGCUUCACCUGGUACUGGAGUGAUUGCUGGAGGUGCUGUGAGAAUUGUUCUUGAAAUGGCAGGUGUUGAGAAUGCAUUGGGAAAACAACUUCGAAGUAAGAACGCCCUCAAUAAUGCCAGAGCCACAGUUGUUGCAGUGCAAAAAAUGAGGCAGUUCAGUGAAGUUGCUCGUGAACGUGGGAUCCCAAUGGAAGAACUGUGGAAAUGAUGUGUUCUGAAUGAGCUUUGAAGAUUUUUUUCCCCUGAACAAACUUUAUUUUUGUUCCUCCUAUGUACAUUAUGUACAAGGUAUUUGUAGUUAUAGCAGAAACAAGAACAAGAUUAAGUCAUUUGUCUUUCAUGUUUCAUGCCAAAGUGUGUUUUUUAAUUGUCCUGAAUGAUAUUUUGUUCGUCUUUCCUUGACUAUCUGGCAGAUCGUAAUUGGAAACUCUACAACUGGUUAAUA